GAUUACCUCAAUUUUUUUAUGCACUUGUAUAAAAGCAAAUUGAGCGGAUUGUUUGGUCGUAGGUGUCCUUAAACAGUUGGAAUAGGAAGAAGUGUUUGAAAUGGUGCGAUUUUGUAUUCUUGUCAGCGUGGUGCUGGUGUCAGCAUAUGGCAGUGUUCUUCCAGAAAAUGAUCUUCUGUUGCCAACUUUGCCUCGACCACGCUACGGGCAAUACAGUGCAGUUGCAUCCCCGAGAGGAAACCGCAUUGUGGGUGGAUUCGAAAUCGACAUUACCGAUGCUCCCCACCAGGUGUCCCUUCAGUCAAGGGGCAGUCACAUCUGUGGAGGAUCGAUCAUUUCGCCCAACUGGGUUCUAACGGCGGCACAUUGCACAGAUGGAGCAUCCGUGUCGAAUCUACGUGUUCGUGUAGGGUCCACCAAACAUGCCUCAGGCGGAGAAGUUGUAGCCAUCAGUCGAAUCGUUCAACAUCCUCAGUUCAGCUACAGUACGAUCGAUUACGACUAUUCGUUGCUGCAGUUGGCGAAAAGUUUAUCCUUGAGUAACAGCUCUCAAGUGAUUGCCUUGCCCGAGCAGAAUGAACCCGUUCCGGAUGGUACUCUGUGUGAGGUCUCUGGAUGGGGAAAUACUCAGAGCAUAACGCAAUCUCGUGACAAGCUUCGAGCGGCCUACGUCCCGUCGUACAACCAAGCGCAAUGCAACAAAGCCUACAAUAUGUACGGUGGCGUAACGGAUCGCAUGAUUUGCGCCGGUUUCCAGCAGGGUGGUAAGGACGCCUGCCAAGGAGAUUCUGGUGGUCCCCUGGUGGCCAACGGAAAGCUGGUCGGAGUCGUUUCAUGGGGUUUGGGCUGUGCCCAGCCGAACUAUCCGGGUGUUUACUCUCGGGUGGCAGCCGCACGUGACUGGAUUCGCAGUAAUAGCGGUGUUUAGAGUGCAAACGUAUUUAGUACAAGUGUAUCAUUCAUGUCGACCAAUGCGUGCAAUUCAAUGGACACUGAUCACGGAUUAUGUUGCUAGUCUGUUAUUUUCAAUGGAAUAAAGUCCUCGUAAAUUACCA